AUGGAAUCAUUGACCAAGUACUACAACAAGGUUAAACUGUUCGCACAGGAACUCAAUCAACAGACCAAACAUGGAGUGGUCACAUACUAUACCAAUUGGAAGUUCUACAAGGACAUCAUCAGACCCAAGAUUAUGAUGGGUUCAUCUUUGACAAGACCAGAGAUCAUCUCAAUGAAAACCUUCAAACAAGACUCAUUGUGCUUCAUACCAUUAUUCAUAUAUCUGGCCAUCCCAUUCUCUACAUUUGGCCUUCCAUUAUACAUCCGACACCUUUCGGCAAUACUUCCAAGCACUUUUUCAACAAGAGAGAUGACUUCACGUGAUAACAUCCAACCAAACCACAAGAUUACCUUGUCCGACUUGGACAGGGGCGACCUUGUCCUGCUCUCAAAGUGCAUUGGAUUCAAGUUUGGAUUCCUCUCGACAGCGAGCUCACUUAUCCAGACCAUCACCCAAUGGGAGAAGGAGAUCAGCCAUGACAACAAGAUGAUCCUGAGGGAGGGUAUCCAGAAUCUCUCGAUCGAGGACCUGCAAGACAUCUCCUACGUGCGUGGAAUCCACUUUGCUGGCAAGAACUACGAUCAACUCCUCCAACAACUUUCCACCUCACUCAUACUCUCACCUGCUGCGCCAACACAUUCAUCAUGUGCCCUUGCAGUCCUCAACUCUUUAAUUUCAACCAAUGCUCCUUACACUCCUCCAUCAACUUCCUCAUCAUCCAUGGCUGACAAGCAAUAA